AUGGCGGCGCCGGGCUGGUGUGAGCGUGCGGCGCGCGUGGCUCUGUGCCUGGCGGGGCUGGCGCUGUCGGCGUACGCCUUCACGUGGAGACCCAAGGAGGAGCGGGACGCCGCCUACCGGGCCAUGUGCGACCUCCAGCCCCCCGGCAGCUGCUCCCGCGUUUUUCCUUCCAGAUGGGGUCGUGGUUUUGGCUUGGUAGCCGGCCUCUUGGGACCUGAUAGUGUGUUCAACCAGCCAAACAGUAUCUUUGGAAUCGCUUUCUAUCUUCUGCAAAUUCUUCUGGGUUUCUCUACCAGUGGCCUGGCAGCUAUUACUCUUUUGGGCUCAUCCUUAGUCUCUGUUGCUGGCUCACUCUACCUGGCCUACAUCCUCUUCUUCGUGCUCCAUGACUUCUGUGUGGUUUGUGUCAGUACCUAUAUCCUUAAUUUUACCUUGUUGUUUAUCAACUACAAACGCCUCGGCUACCUCAACCAGGCCUGUCAACAACACACAAUCAAGACCAAAAAGCAGUGACCAUGACUUACACCUCAGCCUGGACAGUCCUGGAAGGAUGAAACUUCACAUGGAUCUCACUGUUUCUAUAAGCAUUACCUUUUUGUAUAACAUAAGCUUGUUCAUUCGGCUUGGAAAACUUUAUUCUCUUCCCCCGGGUCAGUGAGCUCAGAUAAUCUAGCAUUCCACUUAUCUAGCACUUUGGAUUCAAAUCAAACUAGAACCUUCGACUCCAUUAUUGAACUAAAAUGGAUGCCAAUUUUGGUUGAGCUGAUGUCCAGAAAUGUAAAUCAAGACCUUCAUUCCUUUUUAAACAUAGAGAGAGCGCAAUUAUUUUUAUAGCUCUUCAUACAGUUCUUUGAAACAAAAACUUUUUUAAAAACAAAUUAAUUUUGCAAAUAUAGCUGUUCCUUGUAAGUAUUUUUUUUUUUAACAUUGAUGGCAUUAAAUUGAGAACUGUUGGUCAUUUGUAAUUGUACUGACAAUAGUGGGCAGAAUCUGUAUUUGACAGGAAAUGGUUGCUUUUGGCACACAAAGAAAAUAUACUGAGGAAGAGGUGCCCUCUAUUCUAAGUAAAUGUGAGAACCACACUACAGUGUUUCCUGAUUAAUAAUCAUGCUGAUCUUGUGGCCUGUUGAAUGGCUUACUUUUCCCAUUAUUGAUAAUAGUUCCCUUGUGUAUAAUCUAGGACUGGGCCUACAGUUAGGCUUAGACAAGCUACUUGAGGCAGGACAUUGUGGGGUAACAUUAAAAAUACAGCAAACUGUCA